UAGUCUAGUAAUGAGUCUUUUACUACGCAGAUGUGGAAUCAAAAGAAAGUAAUCACGUUUCGAAAGAUGAUACGUUGGACGUGACCGAUACAAUGGAUUCGGAAGUGAACGGAUAUGCUGGCAAUGGUACUAUUAAAGCGAAUGAGCCCAUUUAUAACGAAAACUCGGAAGUUCUGAAUGGCAAAAACAGUUCAUCGAAUCCCUUCUGCGAUUUUAGAGAUCCGACUUCUAAAAAUAAUGUUUCAGAAAGUGGCAUGUCCAGUCAAAAGGUCCACAUCAAAGAUUUUCCACAACUUUACGUCGAAUGUGACCCGAAUGCUUGGGAAUUGCCAAGUUCUGAUCCACGGAAUAAUUCAGAAUCUCCUAUUUUAAAGAUAAAGAACAAAAAGGAAUUUAAAUGUGUUGGUACCAUGACGAAUUCCUCGGGAGUUCGUCGAUCGGCGAAAUCUACCCUGGCAAAGGGCCCGCAAAAACAGUCACAUUGUGCGGCUAUACUAAAUUUAACGAACGACGAAUCGGAGAAAGUUGUUCCCGAUUGA